AUGGAGGAGGGGGAGUUCUCGGAGGCCCGGGAGGAUAUGGCUGCCCUGGAGAAGGAUUACGAGGAGUCGGGGGUCCGUGUCUCCCGAACACCCCCGGCCCCUCUUCCCCCCCCGCACCUGAUGCUGCACCCUCGAGACGGGACCCACCAACCCCCCUCUCCCCGCACUCCCAGGGGGUCUCCGGGCCCCUCCGAAGGGGAAUUCCUGCAGCCCCCCGUCCCGCAGCCGCUCUCCCCGCCCCCGGGAGGGGACAUCCGCAACCUCCGGUCCUCCCCCCGACAGGGAGACCCCUCCCCUCUCCUCCGUACCCCCGGGUGCCCCCAGCGGGGCGGAGCCGCUGUCCUCUAUAAACAGCCGGUACCGGCGGCCGCCGCCCUCCCGGUUGGUGCCAUGAGCCGCCGCGAUCGCGACCCCCGGGCGCCGCCGCCCCUCCCCGUGGCCCCGGGGCGGCUGGCGGCGGCGGCGGCGGCGCGGGGCGCGGAGCGGGAGGAACUGGCGGCGCUGAACGAUCGUUUCGCCGCUUUCCUGGAGCGGGUGCGGGCGCUGGAGCGGCAGAACGGGACCCUCCGCGCCGCCCUGGGCCGCGCCGCCGCCGCCACCGGGCCCCGCACCGGGCUGGUGCAGGGGGAGCUGCGGGGGCUGCGGGAGCGGCUGGAGCGCCUCGGCCGCGACCGGGACCGGCUCCAGGCCGAGCGGGACGGGCUCGCCACCGACCUGGCGGCCCUGCGGCAGCGGCUGGAAGAUGAGACACAGAAGCGCGAGGAUGCAGAGAAGACCCUGGUGCUGUUCCGCAAGGACUUGGACCACGCCACGCUGUCCCGCCUGGAGCUGGAGCGCAAGGUCGAGCUGCUCAUGGACGAGAUCGGCUUCCUCAAGAAGCUGCACGAGGAGGAGCUGCGGGACCUGGAGGUGAGCGCCCCGAGCCCGGCGGGGCCGGCGGAGGUGGAGGUUUGCAAACCCGAGCUGACGGCGGCGCUGCGAGAGAUCCGCACCCAGUACGAGAGCAUCGCCGUCAAGAACCUGCAGGAGGCCGAGGAGUGGUACAAGUCCAAGUUCGCCGACCUCUCGGACGCGGCCAACCGCAACCACGAGGCCCUGCGCCUGGCCAAGCAGGAGAUGAACGAGUCCCGGCGGCACAUCCAGAGCCUGACCUGCGAGGUGGACGGGCUGAAGGGCAUGAACGAGGCGCUGCAGCGGCAGAUGCGGGAGAUGGAGGACGAGUUCGGGGAGGAGAUCGGGAACUACCAGGACGCAGUGGGGCGGCUGGAGCAGGAGAUCCAGCAGAUGAAGGAGGAGAUGGCGCGGCACCUGCGCGAGUACCAGGACCUGCUCAACGUCAAGAUGGCCCUGGACAUCGAGAUCGCCACGUACCGCAAGCUGCUGGAGGGCGAGGAGAGCCGGAUCACCGUGCCCAUGCACCCAACCACCUCCUUCAGCAUGAGAAGCUCAGUGCUGGAGCCCCAGCCUGCGGAGAUCCCGGCACGGAGGACGGUGCUCAUCAAAACCAUCGAGACCCGGGACGGGCAGCAGGUGGUGACAGAGUCGCACAAGGAGCGAGCGGGGAAGUGACGGAGGGGACCCGCCCCGGGGGCGGCUCUGCCGGACCC